UGUGUUUUACAAAUUAUUGGUUAAUUGUAUUUCAAAUGAAAUGAAGUGGUAAAUUAAAUAUGGAUCUCCGUGAGAAAGCGAUGUUGUUUAACUUUUGAAAACACAUAUAUUAUAUUAGAAAAAAAUAUUAUUAUUACUGUUCUUCGACAGGUGUACAACAUGAAUUGGAUCCGUUCAUCAGUCAUCAAAAGCAUUAUUGUUCCAAAUUCUUUCACGCAAGUUAGGCAUAUACGUGAAACUCCAUGGAAAAGGCAUUAUCUAAGGAGAUUUGGAUAUAAUGAUCCAUUCUUUAAGAGACCAGAUACCUUGCCAAGAAUUAAAGAGACCGACAAGAAGAGUAAAGUAGCCUUGCAUUGGCUAAAAAAGUAUAAGCCUAUUAAUGAGUGGUCUGAGAAGCGGAAGUAUUUUGGACAGAAUGACUAUAUUGAUAUCUUGGGCGAUGGGAGCAUUCAUCCUGUCAAGUUGUUAACAAACAUACCUCCAUGGUUACGAGGUUUCCAAGGAAAUGAAUUUCAAAUGCUUUUAGAAAAACAAAGAGCUUACUAUUUUUGGAGGUGGACACGACCUAAAAAGUGGAAAAACAUGAACAAAAGAAUAAUGUUCUUGUAUAGAUAUUUAAAUAGAAAAACAAAAACUUAGCUCUUGGUUGCUUAAUAUUUGUGUUACCUGUUUCUGAGACUAUCGUAUAAUAAUAAAUGAUACACAAAAUAA